CACUGAUAACAAAAGAGCAAAAGAGCGGCUGUUUACUUCGGAAGGUGUUCACAGCAGUCGAAGCGCAAACCACAUCUGUUUUCUCCAAAGGGCGAAAUUUUUCUCCUCACUCUAUCAAUGGCAACUGUUAAGAUGGAUUUAUUUGGAGCUGCAAAAGUAACGGUGCUCACGGCUAGUGUCUUUCCUAUUUCCUGCUUGCUCAGCUACUGGGAAAACCACAUUCCAACGUCAUUUUCUCAGCAAGUUCUGAUUUCGCCAUCUACCUUUCUUUCGACUCUUCUUCUAACCUCAUCAACAAUUUUAAUGAUAUUGGUCGUCAAAACUCGAGAGUCGUAUGUGCGGGAGGUGUUCAGAAAACGGCCCGAUUUGCGACUGCAGGGAUGGAUGACGUUUGAUCCGAUGUCCGUCAGUUGCUUCUCAACGUGGACGGCAGUUCUAGGACUGAUCUGCUCCAUAUUUGUUGCUCACGGAGCCCUUGAAGGGCCAGUCGUGCACGACGCUCUCGUCGUUUGCGGCGCAAUCGGAUUUACUUUAUAUCUCACGGCGCAGGUUGGACUGUCGUACACUAUGGGUGAUUCGACAGCCCGUAAAGUGGCCCGUUUUCGGAAUUUCCUGCGUUGGUGCUGCCUGUUUGUGUUGACGGUGUGGUUGAUCGUGUCCAUCGUGGUGACCAACGAGGUCCACCUGGGUCGAAAGAGCCUCGGCGAGGAGUCGAUUCAAGUUCUGCGCGUUGUGUGUCUGCUCGCCGAGGCCUCGGUCCUUUUGCUGCUUUCGGCCUUUGUCGCCUCGUUCGUCCACGAGUUCCAACACGUCUCGGUGCAAAUUGUCAAGGUGACUUUGGCCCAGAAAGAGCUGCACCAAGUGAAAGUUGAAAAGCAGAAAAUUUUCGCCCCUGCUGAUUAAGUCCAUCAUGUUAUUAGGACGAUUAAUUGAGGCGGGUAUUUAUUAUGAAUUGAUAGUUAAGACUGUUAAAAAAUAAAAUCCAUCUCCACUUUUGUUUUUGUUUGAUAGAAUUUGGAUAAAAUAUGUGUGUCAAUGAAACCAAUUGAGGGCUAAUUUUUGCACUUUCGUGAUAGAACUCUUUAUUUUCAAAAUCUUAAUACAAAAAACUCCUUGCUACACAACAUUUCAUCAACAUAUGUUCUCACUUGUGUAUAAAAAUUAAAAGUUAAUAUUAUCAUAAUUCGAAAUUACAAUAAUAUUAAUCAAAAAAAUGUAUCUCUGUAAAUAUAGGAUAAUAAAUUGUAAUCAUUACGUGUUUAUGUGUAAACAAUCAUUCUGUUCCACUGACUCGCUAUACCUAUCAUGUUGUAUGCAUUUUAAAUAAAUAACUCGCACUUCAAAUAUUUUUAUCUCCACUCGGCAUCUGCUCUAAAAGAGAAAAAAAAAUCAUCAACAGACUAUACACCGCUAUCCUCUCGCAAAAUUAAUAAAACUCAAAUUAUUAAAUCAAAACAUUAUAGAUAAAAAUACGUGAUAAAUUUUUCUUCGACUCGUCAAGAGCGUGUUUGUGUGUAGUGUGUGUUUGAAUACAAAUUUGUAUGUAUAUAAUUAAUAGACUUUUGAUUAUUACAAGUACCCAUACGGAUGAUUAUAUAAAGCUGCGCUUAAUCACAAAUUACAACAUGCAAUUCCUUACUUGCUGAC